UGUCUAUGGAAUCAUUUUUUUGCAAUAUCGUCUGCCCUUGCUGAGGUUUGAAGUCGUGGGGUUAGAUAUUGGUGUUGGGAGCGGUCGCCAUGUUACGCAGGUCGUGGUGUUGCGUAGCGUGUGUGGCGUAGUGUGUGGGCGAGCACUCCAGCGGCGGGUGUCCAGGUCCUCCCGUCUGGAGUGACUUAGAGCCGGUAGCGUGUGCACUCUAGUUCCCGUUGUGGUGUGAAGCCAGGAGGCGCAGAGUUAAUGGCUGGGCAUCACCAUGGGUGCCCCAUGUCCUCAUCAGUACAUCAUAGACAAAAAUUUCAGUGCCAGACUUCUAGCUGAGAAAAGAGAGGUCACAUGUGAAUGGUGUGGUGCUGCAGGCUCGAGCCUAAGGUUGUGUUUAUACUCGGGGUGCCUGCGAGUUGGGUGUGGCGAGGGCCGCGCUGACCACUCCACCUUCCACAACAACCAGUUUCCCUCUCACUGUAUCACCUUAAAUUUAACUUCCUUACGAUCAUGGUGCUACAUGUGUGAAAUGGAGGUAACUUCGUCUGUCAUGGCAAGUCUCAGCAUACCACCAGGCCAACAGCAGCAUUUAGGAGGGCCAAUCAGUGCUCCUGGUGUGGCUGUUGCUCAGCCAAUCACACCUAGUCAGUCUAGUGCUGAAGAUGAUGAUGAUGACGAAGAUGAAGGAGAAGAGGUGAAAGCCAAAGGAUUGGUUGGUCUGCGCAACCUGGGCCUUACUUGCUACAUGAACUCAGCUCUUCAGGCAAUGAGCAACUCUGUUCCUCUAGCUCAGUUUAUGAUUGAAUGUCCAGCAUUCUUACGCAAUGAUAGAAAAUCUCCUGGCCUUUCUCGACCUUUUCAGAGAUUAAUGGUCGAGAUGUGGCAUAAAAAAAGACCAAGUUUUGUCACUCCAUCUCUGCUUUACCAUGGAUUCAAACAGUUAUACCCAAUGUUUCGUGGGUACACACAGCAGGAUUCUCAGGAGUUUCUUCGAUACUUCAUGGAUCAGCUUCAUGAGGAACUUCGAGAGCCUCGGGUAAUGUCACAUGAGGAUGAAGAGAGGGAAAUUGAAGAUGAGGAAGACCUGUCAACAGGGAGCCUCUCAGAGCGGGAGGAAUCACAGUCCGAAGCAGAGUAUGAGACAUGCGAUUCAGGGGUAUCAGAGCAGUCCUCGGAGUCAUCGGAUCACCACCCCAGCAAGAGAAAGAAGCGGCAGCAUGUGGGGGUGGACAUGGAAAGUGGAAUCACUCUAAGGAAUAGCAAUCGGAGUCUUCUUUUGCCUGAUCACGAGACAAGUGAAUUCUCCGAUGCUGUGUCAGAUACCACUCUUCUUGACUCGGACUCGGCUGGUGGCAUAUCUUCCUCCGCUUCUCCUCAAGUUCACUCCUCCCUAACAAGUGGUCUUGGCUCCAGUAAGCCAUCUAUAUCAUCUAUCACAUCAUCAUUUAGAGCUACAACAUCCCCUCCCCCAGGCAAAGCCUCCACAAACACUACUAACAAUCCCAACCGAAGAAGAAAGCCGCCUUCGUACCGCAGCGUCAUCUCGGAUAUCUUUGAUGGAACCAUUGUCAGUUCAGUGCAGUGCUUAACCUGUAAUACGAUAUCCUCAAGAAAAGAAACAUUCCAGGACUUAAGUUUGCCUAUCCCUAGCAGCGACCAACUAAGCAUCCUGCAGCACUCGUCUGUUACCCAACUACAGCAGGUGGGAGUAACCAACACCAGCAGCCUCCACCUUGCCAAGGCCUCGUGUGAUACAGCAACAGAUGGGUGGAUGUGGUGGAUCUGGGUAUGGCUGCGAUCAUGGCUGUGGGGACCGGCAGUCUCCCUCCAUCAUUGCCUUGCAGCCUUCUUCAGUGCAGAUGAACUUAAAGGAGAUAAUAUGUAUUCGUGUGAAAAGUGUGGUAAACUACGUAAUGGGGUCAAAUAUUCUAAAGUUUUGAAACUACCAGAGGUGCUUAUAAUCCACCUGAAAAGGUUCCGGCAUGAAACAAUGUUCAGUUCAAAAAUCAGCCAGUAUGUGUCAUUUCCGCUUCAUGGCUUAGAUCUCACACAAUUCCUUCACAAAGAUUGUGCAUCUGAGGUGGUAACAUAUGAUCUGUAUGCUAUUAUCUGUCACCAUGGCACUGCAGGAGGUGGUCAUUACACCUCAUAUUGUCAAAACUGGAGCAAUCACCGCUGGUAUGAGUUUGAUGAUCAGUAUGUUACUGAAGUCUCUCCGGAAACUGUUGCCAAAUGUGAAGCAUAUGUUUUAUUCUACAAAAAGACAAGUACGGAGAUGACAUCACGGCGCCAAAGAACUGUCGAACUUAUGCAGGUGUCUUCAAGGGAGCCUUCACUGAUGCAGUUCUAUAUAUCAAAACAGUGGGUUAAUAAGUUUAACACUUUCUCGGAGCCAGGACCCAUCGAUAACUGUGACUUCUUGUGCCCACAUGGAGGAGUACAACCACAAAAGGCAAGCUAUGUAGGAGAGCUGGUGAUGCUUCUCAACCAAGGUGUUUGGGAGUACCUACAUCAAGUAUUUGGUGGGGGCCCUGCUUGUACGCGCUUGUACGAGUGUGUUACUUGUCGCGCUGAACUUGAUGCCCUCUCACAUCGUCAGAGUAGCGAGCUCGAGAUGUUUUUCAAACUGAAAAAGAUGUUCCAAGAAGAGGAACACCCGAACAUUGUAGCAAUCUCCAUGAGGUGGUUCCGUACGUGGGAGAGCUUUGUGCGAGGACGGGAACAAGAACCACCGGGUCCCAUUGAUAAUUCUUCUAUAUGUACAAGUAAAACUGGUCAGCCAAUGCUCAAGCCAGGUUCAGAUUAUGCACAGAUCUCUGAAGAAAUGUGGGACUUUUUUCAUGAAACAUAUGGAGGUGGUCCAGAGUUGUCUGUGAUGUAUGGUAACCCACAUGGUCCGACCAGACGAUCAGAUCGGGCAGAAGGAUCACGCUCAGAAAGUCAGAAGUCAGAGCAGCUUCAGCCAAGUUCCCGGUCACAAAGUACGGAUACGCUUCCAUACAGUGGUACUGGUGCAAAUCGACAAAGAACCAUUUCUGCUGGUGAGGUUAUGAGGAUGGCUCCGACACACUGCUCAAAGGUCAAUGAAAGUGAGAGCUUGCCUGAGGCAAAGUCAGCUGACAGGACGGAAGAAAUCAGAAAAGACGAUAAUGAACCGAGACAGACAAGCCCUAUAGAAGAGGCAUCAAGUACAAAUAUUUCCAUCGUACAGCAAAAUCCGGGGCACAAGUCAUCAAAUCACUCUCUGGAGAGACAGUGAAUAUAAUUAAAAAAUUUAUGGAACAACUUCUGGUAAUAUUUUAUUAUCUAGGAACUUUCAGCAUUUCUAUAUAAUAAAAAUUUAAGGUAUUACAAGGAUGCACUAUUUACAUAUAUUUAAAUAGUUGUGUUCAAUAUGCAUAAGGACUUACAGAGUUUAUUUUUCUCAGUAUACAAGGAUAGCAAGGAAUGUGUUGAAAAUUCUAGAUUUGUUCAUAUUUGAAAAUCAUCUGAUUAAAUCUUCUGUUAGUCUGUUAGUAAGAUUUAUUCUGUAUAUGAAAGAGAUGUAUUAAUUUUUGUCUUACUCUAUUUUAUAUAUAUUGUGAUAAUUACAUAAGUCAGGAAGCACCACUACUGUAGAAGCUAAUGCUGUAGUGGAAAUUAAUGCUGCUGCUGAUGUUGAAGUCAGGAUGAAAUACCUCUAUUGCGUGAAAUUUUGUAGUGGAAUGAAACAUUACAACUGUACAAAUACUGUACUGUAGUGGGGUGUAGCAGCCUUACUUUACAAAUGUUGUAGUGGGGUGUACCAACACUCUUGUAUAAAUGCUGUACAGUACUUAGCGUGAGAAGUCACUACUGUGUAAAUGCUGUAAGUGUAAUAAAACUAUAAAUACUGUAGCAAGGUGUACCACUACUGUAUAAACAUGUCGUUGGCAUGAAAUACCAUCUCUGUAUAAAUGCUAUAGUGGGAUGUUAUACUACUGCUGUAUAAGACACUGUACAUCAUUGGGUGGCAUCUUUCCCUUUCUGCGGAUCAAGAAAAUUGACAUUGAUGAUUGGAGUAGUACAUUAAUGCUAGCGUACUUGUUAGUGAUAAUUUAAAAGAUACAGUAUUUGUAAAUUGUUUUCUCAGAAAAAAUGUUUGUAGACAGUGUGAUAUGAUGAAUGUAAUUUGUGUUAACCUGAGGACCUAUACUUGAUCAAUGGUGGCAAAUGUUCCAAGAGUGUUACCAUUGAAAGUAUGGCAUUUUCCAAGAUAUUUUUAUGUUCCUUUAAAGGGAUUAUUUUUUCAGGGGUGUGUGAAGACCUGGUUAUCCAGUUGCAAUAUAUAAAUUAGUUAAGGAAUUGUCUCGCCUCCUAACGUGACACUUUUUGAAGCAUAGUGCCGAUUUGGACACAUGUUGCUAAUGCACUUAUUUAUUCAUCACGUGUAAAUGAGAUAGCUUUAUUGUCCAAUUUCUAAAUUAAUAUAUGACGUAAUUUGGCACCCAUUGGUUUGUAUAAUAUUAAAUGAUGGCACGAAUACACACACAAAUUAAAAGCAGAUAUUACA